GGCGAGAUUCUUUCGGGAAUGGAGUAUGACAUUCACGACAAGGUUGUUCAGCUCAUGCUUGUGAUUGACGAGGGAUCUAGAUUUCGGUUAGAUCCCGCUGGCGUUUUCCGUAGCACAGCUGUGGAAGAGUGGCGCGAUAAGCAUGGCAUUUUUCUUGAUAUCGUUCCUGGGGAAGCCCAUUGGGCCCAUUGGAAGAUUGGCACCUGCGAGAACGCAGUUCAAGGAGUGAAAAACGUCAUGGACAAGCUCAGCCAGCACGAUGAGAACCUCAGUCCUCACCCAGCGCCCGACGAGACAGGGCGAUUCUUGGCAGCCAGCGAGAGACUGCCGCCAGACCUGUUGGUGGAACACCCCAAAGGUGAGUUCGCACGUUCUGUUCAGCUCCGACAAAUGCAAGCCAGCGCAUUCUUCGUGCGCAGAACGGCAGCUUGGAAACGAUGGUCCCUCAAGAAAGGAGAUGUCACAGGGGCAUUUCUUCAGAGCCGGGAGUAUCCAGACAAGCUCUAUUGCGUGCCCACAGGCAGCAUCAUGAGAGUGCAACGUGCCUGCUACGGCUUGGUGGAUGCACCGCUUGAAUGGUGGCGGUCAGUGGUUACUCGCAGUUCGGUGGAGACCAUCGUGAAGGCCAACAUCUUGCUGAGCAAUGCCAAGGCAAAGGCCGGCUACAAGAUGAAGAUCCAUAGCUUCCAUGAACGCGACAAGCUGAACUUAGUGGCCUGGGUGGACGCAGGCAACUGCAACCGACCUGACGGAGGGUCAACACAAGGCAUCUUCGUGGGAAUGGCAACCGAGGAAAUGCUGCAAGGAGCAGUGAGCCCCGUGAGCCCUAUCGCGUGGCACUCCCAGAAGAUUGACCGCACCUGUCGCUCACCAGGAGCUGCGGAGGCACAAGCAGCUAUCAACGGCGAGGACGCCCUGUACUAUGCCCGAUACCAAUGGAGACAAUUUCUCCAUGGAGAAACUUCUCUUCAUCAGCCAGAUGAGGCCGUGAAACUGGUGCAGGGCUGCGUGGUGACGGACAGCCGCACCGUGCACGAUAAACUUGAGACGGAGGUGUUGUCGAUCAAGGGUGCCGAGAAGAGGACACAUAUCGAGCUGCUAGCCUUGAAAGAAGCCCUGGCCAUUCGCUGGGUGCACUGCGAAACACAGCUGGUAAACAGCCUCACCAAAAAUGGGGGCUCUCGAGAGUACGAGCUGUUGGAGGAUCCGACCAUGAUGUCAGCCCGACGCCGGAAAGAGAGAGGAGGGAAGGAGGGGCAUGCAAGUCAUACAGACUUGGUGCUGCUUCCUCGCUGA